CGACAUCCGGCUAGCACCUAUCCCCGGCUGGCUUGCGACUCACAGAGUUCAACGAACGCGGUGCUAAAGUUACUUCUCUGCUUCCCAAGCGGCGAUUAGGGGAAACGCUCUGAUGUCCACUUGAGGCUUUCUUAGGACAUGCUUGCACGUCUCGCAGCUCGUCAGCGGCUUUCGUUCCUUCGUUGUUCUCACCUAGUUGGUGCCAGCAACUAGGAACCGACUCAUUAGGAACCGCGCAUGGGAAGAGAGGCGUCAUUUGACCACCUUGGACGGAACGGGACUCGGCUUCGGGACUCCCUACUUGCGUUCUCUGGGACGUCUACUCUCCCACUGCAUAUAAGGUCUCGAAAGAGGGGCCGAAUCUCCUCGUUUAUCCUCCUUUCACCAUGGCCGCUGAGAACCCCUCUGUGAUCUUGCCUACUCUCGAACGCCUCGGCGUGCAGACCGUGCCAGCCGAUGUCGACGCGAGGAAAAUUGCGCAGCUCUGGCUUGACUCGUUCGCGAAGUCUGCUGAAUCUGGUGAUAUCGAUGGCAUCUUGUCGCUCUUCUCGUCCGACGCUUGGUGGCGCGACAUGCUCGCCUUGACCUGGGCAUUCCGCACUUUCCACACCGCGCCCAAUAUCCGCAAGUUCCUCGAGGACAGGCUCUCCUUGAACGCUCCUACCAACUUCAAGCUCACCAACGUCAAGUUUGAGAACCCGUACCCCGAUCUUGCCUGGAUCCUCGGCCAGUUCACCUUCCAGACGAAGGUGGGUCAGUGCAGCGGAAUCUUCCGCCUGAUCCCGACCGCCAAAGGCGGUUGGAUCGGGUUCACGUUCUACACGAACCUCGAGGACCUCAAGGAUUUCCCGGAGAAGAUCGGCGCUCUCAGGAACCAUCUUCCCAACCACGGCAAGUGGCUCGCGCAGCGUGAGCGCGAGCGCGAGUUCGUUGAUGGCGAUCCUACGGUUCUCAUUGUCGGCGGCGGGCAGAGCGGACUCGAUGUCGCAGCGCGCUUGAAAAUGUUGGACAUCCCGACCCUGGUCGUAGAGAAGCACAAGCGGAUCGGUGAUCAGUGGAGAUACCGGUACCAGGCUCUGUGUUUGCAUGAUCCUGUUUGGUACGACCACCUCCCGUACAUCCCCUUCCCUGCUUCAUGGCCAGUCUACACUCCUGCGCACAAGCUCGCGAACUGGCUGGAAGCUUAUGCAGACGCCCUCGAGCUGAACGUGUGGACAUCCUCAGUCGUGACCAAGGCCACGCAGGACGCCAAUAAUGAGUGGGACGUCACUGUCCAGCGCGCUGACGGCUCGACGCGCGUGCUACACGUCCACCACGUCGUAUCCGCGAUUGGCCUCGGCGGGAACAACCCGUUUUUCCCCGAUAUCGAGGGGCGGGAGGAGUACCAGGGUCAGGUGCUGCACUCAACGCAGCACAACUCGGCUCGGGAUCAUCUGGGGAAGAAGGUCUUGAUUGUUGGGGCUGCUACAUCUGCGCAUGAUCUUGCGGCGGAUUACGCGGAGCACGGUGUAGAUGUCACGAUGUACCAGCGCGAUAGCACCUACAUUAUGACCACUCAGCACGGUAUGCCGGAAAUGCUCGGUCACCUCUGGUGGGAAGGCAAGUGGCCGGCGGACGUCGCGGACCGUAUUGACGCAUCGAUGCCGACCUGGAUCACCGAGGAGAUCUCGAAGCGGCACACCGCUGCCACCGCAGAGGCCGAUAAGGAGCUCCUCGACAACUUGCACAAGGUCGGCUUCCGCACGCAUCUGGGCCCUAACGGCUCUGGCUUCUUGGCCAUGACCAGGAGACGUGGGGGCGGGUACUACCUCGACGUGGGCGCGUCCCAGAUGGUGAUCGACGGCAAGAUAAAGCUGAAGAACGACAGCCGCAUCAAGAAGUUCACCAAGACCGGGUUCGAGUUCGAGGAUGGGAGCAAGGUCGACGCAGACGUCGUGAUGUUCGCUACUGGCUUCGACUCGCCGAUCGUGACGAUCAAGAAUAUCUUCGGGGAGGACACCGCGUCUCGCGUGAAGCCGAUUUGGGGCCUUGACGAGGAGGGCGAGCUCAAGAACGUCUGGCGGGACUCGGGCGUGCCCAACUUCUGGUUCAUGAUGGGCAACCUGAUGUGGUGCCGGUUCCACUCGAAGCACGUCGCGCUGCAGAUCAAGGCCAUCGAGGAGGGUAUACUUCCCGGCAGCGGCAGCGAGUUCCGCUACCAAUGAUGCUCCGGGCGCAAAGAGCCACGGUGGGGCCGCUUUAGAGACGAUGAAUAGAGUCGCCCGUGAAGGAGCUUUACGCGAACAGUACAAUAGUUCAGUCAAGGGGAACGUAAGAAACAGAUCAAAGAUAGAAGUUCAGGUAUAUUGCCGUAUUGUACAAUUACAGUCGAUUUAAAUCAUAUGCGCUAGGGGCGACUUCGU